CUCAGCAGUUGGUAGUUGAAGCGACAUCUGCGAGAUUUGCUUCGAACACGUGAAGUGUCAUUCCAUCUUUGCCGUACUGUCGAGUUUGUGCUAACCUUUCGUGCGGUUUUCCUCCUUAUAGUUCCCGAUAAUCGAACACAAUGAGCAUUUCGCAGAACAUUGCCCGUCUUGGAGUUCGUCACAUCUCCUCCAGCGCAGUGCGCGCCUCCAAAGCCGAAAUUCCGCAAGGAUACUUCGAGCUGAAGAAAGUCCAGGACAAAUUCCAAGUCAAGGAUGGCAAACCCAUCUUCUUAAAGGGCGGCGCUUUCGAUAGUGUCAUGUACAGGUUCACCAUGGGACUGAGUUUGGUCGGACUCGGGGGCAUCUUGAAGCUUAUCUACGACCUGAGCUACCCAGCCAAGCCAGAAUAGACUAUUUCGGUUGAUUAGAUGUUGCUAUCGCGUAGAAUUUUCUUCGUAAGAUUGAUAAAUAAUAGUAUGUGUUUCCCUGCUGCCAUUCGUUGACUAACCAGAAUCACGUUCUCGUGAACACCCUGCCAUCACCUCCAAAGUCCCAUCCUGCGGUUAAUGUCAAGUGAAACAGAUAAUUCCGAUUCUAUGCAUUGCAUUUGUCCUGCAGGACAAGUCGAACUAGUUAAGAACAAAGAUACAUUCUUAAGGAUGACGCAUUUAUCAGCAGAGAAAUAUAUUUAAAACCAAAA